AUGAAAGAACCCCGGAUUUUCCCUAGAGAGCGGCCAACUCCUUGGACUCGUGCUCAGUUGCCACCUCGAGGACGGCUCGACGGUUCCAUGGGACCACAGGGUGGUCCUGUUUUGAACACAGGCCACCCGCUAGGCAUGAAUUCUGAUCCCUUCCUUAUGGCAUCCAGUUCUCUUGGUGGAAAUCUGGCCCCAUUUCCAAGGAACCCAUCGCCUUUUCCAACCUCAUCAGGCUCAUUGGCUUCAAAUCCAGCACCUUUCCCUGCUGGUGCUCGUGACCCAAGCAUGGCUUCUUUUCCAAGAGGGAUGAAUCCCGCUGGUGCAGGUGCAGUUCCUUUCCCAAGGCCUGGUGGCCUCUUGGGCCCAGGCCCAGGGCCAUCCCUAAAUCCUAGGGCAGGGGCUCUUCCAGGUCCAGGGCCUCUGUCUAACCCAAGGUUAGGGGGUCUUCCAGGGCCAGGUCCUAUGUCUAACCCAAGGUCCGGUGGUCUCCUGGGAACAGGUCCUGACUCCAGAAGUGGUGGCCCUGUGGGCCCUGCGUCUGGGCCCAACCUGAGAGCAGGUGUCCUGUUGACUUCUGGGAAUGGUCCUCCUAAUCCGAGGCCCGUUGGCCUGGGACCAGGACCAAGUCCUAAUCUGAGGUCAGGGUUUGUUAGUACAAACCCUGCCCCGAGGUCGGGUAUGUUUCCAGGCCCAGGUCUUGGGCCCAGCCCAAGGGCUGGUGGCCUGGGCCCAGGUCUUGGGCCCAACCCAAGGGCAGGUGGCCUGGGCCCAGGCCCUAAUAUGGAUACCAGAGCAGGUGGCCUCCUGGGCACAGGAUCUGGUCUUAACUUAAGAAUGGCUGGACCUCAAGGCCUAGAUCUUGCCCCCAUUCUAAGAGCAGCAGGUCUUUUAGGAGCAAAUUCAGCUGCUUUCUCACAGGCUUCUGGAAACAUGGGCACAAGCCCAUCCUCUAUGGCAAGAGUACCUGGACCCAUAGGCCCAAACUCGGGUCCUGUCUCUCGGGGAAUUGGCCUUCCAGGGCCAAACCCGUCUCCCAUGUCCAGAGCUCCUGGCCCCCUAGGUCCUAAUUCAGCUCAUUUUUCAAGGCCAGCUGGGCCCAUGGGGGUAAAUGCUAAUCCCUUUCCAAGGGGGACAGGUUCAGGGGGGCUGAAUCCAGUUUCCUUCUCUCAAUCCUCUGGCACAUUGGCUUCAAAUCCAUCUACCUUCCAGAGGUCUGCUGGCCUCCAGGGCUCAAGCCCAGCAAUUUUCCCAAGAACCUCUGGGCCACUAGGCCCCAACCCAGCUAACUUCCCAAGGGCCAGUGGCUUACAGGGUCCAAGUCCGGCUGCCUUCCCAAGGUCUACUGGCCCAUUAGGACCUGGUCAGGUUAAUUUCCCCAGGUCAGCUCCUGGGCCCCUGGGCUCUUCUCCAGCAGGCCCUGUGGGUAUCAACCCAGGUCCUUUUGCAAGGCCAACUGGGACCCUGGGUCUAAACCCAUCUUCCUUUCCAAGGAUGAAUGGCCCUGUGAGCAAGACUUUGGUCCCAUUUCCUAGAGUGGGGAGCCUCCCUGGCACAAACCCAGCUGCUUUCCCCAGACCAGGGGGUCCAAUGGCUGCAAUGUACCCAAAUGGAAUGUUACCCCCUUAAACACCGUUUUCUCUCCAGGACCACUUUGGUUUUCAAGCACCGUGGUUCUGGGCAGGGGCUGUGUUAUAAGUGAAAGGGUAGAUGUGGAGCUACCGUCUGAAGUACAUAGCUGGGGCUCAAGUUCAGAUGAGCCAUCUUUUUCCUCUGCUUUCUUGACUGAAGGUGAAAUGUUCUAUGUGGGAGAUGGACUACUACAGGUGGGAAUGAUCCUGACCUUUAGAGAAAGGAUCUCCAGCCCUCCAGAAGCCUGCUGUGCAUUUGUCCCACAGCUUUCUGCCCCUUGUUUCUUAACUGGUUUCUUGAAUUGUUCACGUGGACUUUUCCUCAGGGAUACAUUGGCCUGCAGGUCCCAGUUCAUAUGUAGUCCCCUGCUCACCACUGGAGAAUCAGCUCACUGCUCUCUAGAAAUGUUGCAUUGGUGAACGGACCAUGCUUCAGCAGUUCUGACCUGGGCAACUUGGACCUGGUCAUCCUCUACUGCCAUACCUUUCCCUGGGGGCUUGAACACAGAACAGGGAGGUGGGCAACCACAUUAAAGACCCACCAAAUACAAUGUCUGCUUGAUGGACUGGGCCUGCAACUUCCUUCUCCUGGGACUUAGAGGAGGCCAGAAUCAAGGCUCCACCGCUCAUCUAACUCCUCUCCACUAGUACUCUGAUCAAAGAACCUCAAAAUUUAAACUGAUAUGGAUGGGAAUUGGGGUGGGGGGGUGGGGGGAGAAAGGGGAGAAAUCACUGUGCUUCGUUCAGCCUGACGUGAAAGGAUGGUUGGUGUUUUUCCUGCUUGUAUCUUUUCUUACCGUUUCUUUAAUAAAUGGGAUGACAGGGC